AUGUUUCGUCCGCGCAAGUACGCAAACUCAAUACCUCCAAUGUACAAUCCUAGAAGAAUUGCGGAAAGGGCAAUGUCAAAACGAAAACAUAAUGAGGAGAGUGAUCCUUUAACGCUUAGUCCCAGAAACAUAAGUGAAUCUGACAUUUGGGACAAAGAUCACAAAUUUGUCGAUGAAUUUUGGGAUGAAUUCAGCUCAGGUAAACACUUUAUCGGCUUUGAUGAUUCUUUACAUUCGGAGGAAAAAGAUGACAAGUAUUUGGUCUUUUAUGAUGAUCCAGGAUUAAAACAAGAUGAUGUCAAGGUUGACUUUAAUCAGAAGGAGAAUGAAUUGGUGAUUCAUAUUGACCAUGCAGAUUUCACCGAGACUAGUUCUAACUCUAAAACUUAUCAAAGUGCAAUGAAAUUCGACAAGACUAUAAAAGUGGACGAGAUCAAAGCUGAGAUCGAUGACAAUGAAAUUCAGUUGGUGUUACCAAAAAGACAUGCUGAUAAUGAACAUAUCCAUCACGUUGCAGUGACGUGUAAACCAGCUCUGUAUUCAGGAUAUAACCACACGCGCAAUGUGCUAUAA